AUGUCAAAUAUCACUGCAGACGUCAGGUAUCACUGCAGACGUCAAGUAUCGCUGCAGACGUCAAGUAUCGCUGCAGACGUCAGGUAUCGCUGCAAACGUCAAGUAUCACUGCAGACGUCAGGUAUCGCUGCAGACGUCAAGUAUCACUGCAGACGUCAGGUAUCACUGCAGACGUCAGGUAUCGCUGCAGACGUCAAGUAUCGCUGCAGACGUCAAGUAUCGCUGCAGACGUCAGGUAUCGCUGCAGACGUCAAGUAUCACUGCAGACGUCAAGUAUCGCUGCAUACGUCAGGUAUCGCUGCAGACGUCAAGUAUCGCUGCAGACGUCAAGUAUCGCUGCAGACGUCAGGUAUCGCUGCAAACGUCAAGUAUCACUGCAGACGUCAGUAUCACUGCAGACGUCAAGUAUCACUGAAGACGUCAGGUAUCACUGCAGACGUCAGGUAUCACUGCAGACGUCAGUAUCACUGCAGACGUCAAGUAUCACUGAAGACGUCAGGUAUCACUGCAGACGUCAAGUAUCGCUGCAGACGUAAAGUAUCACUGCAGACGUCAGGUAUCACUGCAGACGUCAAGUAUCACUGCAGACGUCAGUAUCACUGCAGACGUCAAGUAUCGCUGCAGACGUCAGGUAUCGCUGCAGACGUAAAGUAUCACUGCAGACGUCAAGUAUCGCUGCAGACGUCAAGUAUCGCUGCAGACGUCAAGUAUCACUGCAGACGUCAGGUAUCACUGCAGACGUCAAGUAUCGCUGCAGACGUCAAGUAUCGCUGCAGACGUCAAGUAUCACUGCAGACGUCAGGUAUCGCUGCAGACGUCAGGUAUCACUGCAGACGUCAAGUAUCACUGCAGACGUCAAGUAUCACUGCAGACGUCAGGUAUCACUGCAGACGUCAGGUAUCACUGCAGACGUCAGGUAUCACUGCAGACGUUAGGUAUCACUGCAGACGUCAAGUAUCGCUGCAGACGUCAAGUAUCGCUGCAGACGUCAAGUAUCACUGCAGACGUCAGGUAUCGCUGCAGACGUCAGGUAUCACUGCAGACGUCAAGUAUCGCUGCAGACGUAAAGUAUCACUGCAGACGUCAGGUAUCACUGCAGACGUCAGUGAGCAAACCUGCCUCCAUGGUCCUUUGUGCCGCUCCCCUGCCUACAGCAAUCUUCAGAGUCUGAGGCUGCAGAGUGAGCUGAUAGCGACAGAAGUUUGGUAA